AUGUACUCAAACACGUCUGGCACACCCUCCCCCGUCUUUGCCGACGUGAACAGCUUGGGCCUCCUCCGCGGACGAGGUCGCAGACAUCGACAGUCUACGGAUCAUUACGCGAGCGGAUUCUACCUCCACCCGCUGGCUCGGUCCCUAUCCUCCUUCAAAUUCCGCUCGAAAGAAUACAGUCACUCUGCAAAAAUCCGGGUGAAAUGGCUCAGAUACGUCGGUUGGGCGUUAUACGGUGUGGAAGGCCAGCUUUCACGAGAUUCUGAGUGUACCCCACUGCGAGAUGAGGAGACAGUCAACGAGGAUGAUGAGAUCCGUCUCGCAGUCCCUGACUUCGUGCCGAGUGCUACCGUCGAUGCUGAUGUGCUCGCACAUCGCAGCCAGUCCGGGCGUACAAAUCCAUUAGACAGAAGAGUCACCACCUUCCGAGAAGAUCUACAGAGGCGUGACUGUGUAUGCAUUUUCACGGGAUGGACGGGGGAAGCCCGACACAUCAUUCCUUUCGCUCGCGGAACCGAGUGGCUACAUGCCAUCGCUCAUGCGCGGUCCAUGACGCCGUCGCUGUACGAUAUCAAUGAUAUACAGAACGGCUUCAUCUGCCAGGCAGACCUACACCGGCUGCUGGACAAGAAACAGCUUGCUGUGCUUUUUACCCCAAAUCCCGUACUGCAAUGCGAUGACAUUGCUGCAAACCCUCUCAGGUCUGGUCCGCUGGGUUACAAUUAUCCGACAGGCUGUCGUUACAUCCUGCAAAAUCUCCACGUUGUCAAUUCGCGAGACGUCCUAUUGAUCCAACGUCUCCUUGCCUCUGAUGUGCUGAGUGCAGAUGGGUGUUUCCAGGAGUUGAAUCAGUCUGACUUGCCUCACCCCGAGCUUCUCCAUUAUGUCUACGGUAUUUCUGUCCUUGAGGCAUUUGGUUCUGCCCAGGCAUGGCGAGAUACGAAUGCCCCUUGGUUCCGACCCAAGCCACAAUCUCAGGAAGGCGGGCUAUCUGACAUCCCACCAACCAUAGCUGAUCACGAAAAUGUUGAUGACGAGCGCUAUGGGCAACCCUCCUCUACGCAGGUCACACCCGAAGGUGAUGAAGGAGGAUAUGUACGAUUCACCCCUGGAGAAGCCGAAGACUACGUGUUCCGACUCUGGAUGAUGCAAGCCGCCCAGCGAGAGCAGGCCGAACGCCAGCUUCGGAACCGAGACAUUGAACAGUGGACGAGAGCCUGCGUCGCCGACCCAGAGACAUCCCCGUGA